GAAGUGUAACGGUCAGCAGUCAGAGUUUCCAACUAGAGCUAGCCAAAGUCUUCAUUUGUUUUUUAAAAGAACAUCAAGUAGUCCCAACAAAACAAAGUCUCUUGUCCUGUUCGGCGAAAGUGGAAGCUAUAUGGAUCAGUACCCGAUCAUUUUCCUCAUUCUCAAACUCAAACAAUUUUCACAACGAACCUGCAGUUUGUUGCUUCCACUCCACAAAUGGCGGCCGAGACCCACCACAACCCCUUGUUGGAGGACUUCGUUUUUCCUCCUUUUGAUAUUAUCGAGCCCCACCAUGUUGGUCCGGCCAUUCGGUCCCUCUUGAAACAACUUGAGAGGGAUUUGGUUGAAUUGGAAGCUACAGUGGAACCAACAUGGCCAAAGUUAGUUGAACCGUUGGAGAAGAUCAUAGAUAGAUUAUCUGUUGUUUGGGGAAUUGUGAACCAUCUCAAUGCUGUAAAGGACUCUCCUGAACUCCGUUAUGCUAUUGAAGAAGUUCAGCCAGAGAAGGUACAAUUUCAACUUAGGUUGAGCCAAAGCAAACCCAUAUUUUAUGCUUUUAAAGCUAUCCGAGAAUCUUCCAGUUGGGAAAGUUUAAGUGAUGCACAAAAACGUAUAGUUGAAGCUCAAAUAAGAGAUGCAGUCCUCAAUGGUAUUUCCCUUGAAGAUGAUAAAAGACAACAGUUCAAUAAAAUUGAACAGGAGUUAGAAAAGUUAGCACAGAAAUUUGAAGAGAAUGUUCUAGAUGCCACAAAGAAAUAUGAAAAAUUGGUUACUGAUAAGAAGGACAUUGAAGGAAUGCCUACUACUGCACUUGCCAUGGCUGCACAAAAGGCAAUUUCCAAGGGCUAUGAAAAUGCUACUGUUGAAAAUGGGCCAUGGGUUAUUACUUUGGAUGGGCCAAGCAAUCGUUCUGUCAUGCAACAUGCUCGGAACCGAUUUUUGCGUGAGGAAGUAUACCGUGCUUAUAUCACCCGUGCUUAUAUCACCCGUGCUUCAAGUGGAGACCUCAACAAUACACCAAUUAUUGACCAAAUUUUGAAGCUUAGGUUGGAGAAAGCAAAUCUUCUUGGCUAUGAUAACUAUGCUGAGGUAAGCAUGGAAAAGAAAAUGGCUACUGUCAGUAAAGCAGAGGAGCUUAUUGAGGAACUUCGUAGUGCUUCGUGGAGUUCUGCAAUUCAAGACAUAGAGGACAUUAAAAUUUUUGCUAAAGGUCAAAAUGCAGCAGAAGCUGAUGAAUUGAAUCUCUGGGACGUUAAAUUCUGGAGUGAGAGAUUGCGUGAGUCCAGUUAUCACAUAAAUGAGGAAGAGUUGCGUCCCUUUUUAUCACUGCCAAAUGUUAUAGAUGGCCUCUUUAGCCUCGCAAAGAUGCUCUUUGCAAUUGAUAUUGACCCAGCGGAUGGCCUAGCUCCGGUAUGGAAUGAGCAUGUCAAAUUGUACUGUGUCAAAGAUUCCUAUGGUGCUCCCAUGGCAUACUUCUAUUUUGACCCAUAUUCUCGUCCCUCUGAAAAACGUGGUGGGGCAUGGGUCUCUAUGGUUGUUGGUCGUAGUCGUGCACUUUCACGAGAUGAUACAUCAUCUAGGUUGCCCAUUGUACACAUAGUGUGCAAUCAAACACCACCAUUAGCUGGCAAGCCAAGCCUUAUGACCUUCCAUGAGGUUGAGGCUGUCUUCCAUGAGUUUGGCCAUGCCCUUCAGCAUAUGUUAACCACGCAAGAUGAGGGACUUGUUUCUGGUAAUCAAGGGAUAGAAUGGGAUGCUGUUGAAUUACCUUCUACGUUCAUGGAAAAUUGGUGUUAUCAAAGGGAUACUUUAAGGAGCAUUGCCAAGCACUAUGAAACUGGUGAGAGUCUCCCUGAGGAAGUAUGCUUGAAACUUCUUUCAGCAAGGACUUUUCGUGCAGGUUCAGAGCUUCUUCGUCAGCUACGAUUUGCGAGUGUAGAUAUGGAACUCCAUACAAAGUAUGUUCCUGGUGGUUCAGAAUCCGUCUUUGACAUUGAUCAUAGAGUGGGUCAAAAGACUCAUUUGAUCCCAUUGCUUCCAGAGGACAGGUUCCUCUGCAGUUUCAGCCAUAUAUUUGCAGAUGAUUAUGCGGCUGGAUACUACAGCUACCAGUGGGCAGAGGUGUUGGCUUUUGAUGCCUUUUCCGCAUUUGAGGAGGCUGGCUUGGAUAAUGACAAGGCUAUUAAAGAAAUGGGUCUGAAGUUUCGAGAAACCAUACUUGCUCUUGGUGGUGGAAAAUCACCCCUUGAGGUUUUCAUUGAGUUCCGAGGGCGUGAACCUUUGCCAGAGGCGAUGCUCAGGUACAAUGGCUUAUUGCCUUGAUUCGCAUGCAAGGGCUAGCAGAAUAAUAAAGCCAGCAAUCGACUUGUAAAGUCCUUGUUAUCAUGAGCAUGUAAUCUCAAUCAAAACAUGUUGUCCUCAACUUCUCCAUCAAAGUAAUAUCAAUACGUUGGGCACUUGUAUAAAGCACUAUGAUUGUGAAGAUUGUAUAGGUUAUGCUUAAAUUAUUGCAAAUUGUAAGAUAUUGCAUCCAAGUGUAGCUGCUUUUGGAGGAAACUAUUCUCUCCUUCUCACUCAGUGCAGCAAUAGCCAACCUUCAUCACACAAUCACUAUCCUGGAUGCAUUUACGUUAUCAAAAAGGACACCAUCUGCAUUAACUUUCA